AUGCGCCAGGUGGCCCGCGCCGCCAGGGCAUCCGAGCGUGCUCUCUACUCCACCGCGCGCGCCUACGAGGCCCGCGCGCCCCUCGUGGUCGCCGAGGGUAACGCGGCGGUGGCUGCGGGAUCCCAUCCGGCGGUCGCCGCGCGGGGCUUCGGGUUCGCCGCGGCCGGCGCGUUCGCCACCGCCGCGGCGUUCACCCCCACCGCCGUCGCGUUGUGCGCCGAGGGCGAGGAGGCCGCCCCCGCCGGCGCCGAGGGCUCCGCGCCCUCCUCCGGAUCGGCGCACCCCACGGUCGUGUUCGUCCUGGGCGGCCCCGGCGCGGGCAAGGGCACGCAGUGCUCCAACAUCGUGAACGACUUCGGCUUCGUCCACCUUUCCGCCGGCGACCUACUCCGCGCGCACAUGAAGAGCGGGAGCGAGGACGGCAACAUGGUGGCGGAGAUGAUCAAGAACGGUCAGAUCGUCCCGUCCGUGGUCACCGUCCGCCUGCUGCUAGACGCGAUGAAGGCAUCCGGCAAGGAGAGGUUCCUCAUCGACGGUUUCCCGCGGAACAAGGAGAACCGCGACGCGUGGGAGGUCACCGCCGGGUACGACUGCGACUUUGUCCUCUUCUUCGACUGCCCCGAGGACGUGAUGGAGCGACGGCUGCUGGGACGCGGCGAGACGAGCGGUCGGACGGACGACAACAUCGAGUCGAUCAAGAAGAGGUUCAAGACGUUUGUGGAGUCGUCCAUGCCAGUCGUCGACUACUACGCAGGCCUGAAGAAGGUGAGGAGCGUGAACAGCGACCAGUCACCCGAUGAGGUCUACGCGCAGACCAAGGGACACUUCGCCGCCUUCGUGUGA